AUGUUGUUUUCCAUUCCAUUGUUUGUUUUCUUUUCAAGCCUUUGCUUUUUAACCGAGCAAAUGGAAAAUAAAGAGAUUGAAACAACGAAAAUCUCAAAUCAUCAAGCUGAGGAGGAGCCUAUUUUGAACUUUCAAAGAAAAGAAAUAUUUAAAGAAUGUCGAAGAAAUCAUGCUUCCAGCAUUGGAGGCUUGGCUGUUGAUGGUUGUUGCGAGUUUUUACCUGCUGGAGUUGAAGGUACUGAUGAGUUUUUCAAAUGUGCUGCAUGUAAUUGUCACCGAAAUUUUCAUCGUAAAGAAUUUGUCGCGGGAGAUCAAUUUCAACGCCCGUCCAACACCUUAUAUUACCCUUCACCAAAUCCUAUCUCAACCGUUUUUCCAACUCCAAAUGAUAACAUCCCUAAGAGUGGCUCGUCGAGGGAGACUACAUCAUCCCUCGACUUGCCUAAUGGUGCUGUUCAUGAUACAGCACCAAUAAAUAGGGGUGGUACUAGUGGUGGUGGAGAAAGUCCGUCGAACUCUAACAAAAGAUUUAGAACAAAGUUCACUCGUGAACAAAAGGAGAAGAUGUUGAAUUUUGCUGAGAAAUUAGGUUGGAAGAUUCGCAAACAAGAUGAGGAUGAUGUUGAGGAAUUUUGUAAUAAAAUUGGGGUGAAGUUUCAAGUUUUUAGAGUGUGGAUGCUUAACAAUAAAUAUUCCAUUCGAAAACAACCUUAG